AUGAAGGAGAAAGAGGCUCAAGUGAGGUACCUUUUGAAGAGAUUCCUCAGACGAGCCUUCGAGAGUGUCCAGGUGUUCAUGAUGACAUGUCUGGCACAAGUUUGGAUGAAACAUGAAACUUGGCGUGGAAACAACCUGGGCAUGAAGGCUUGGAUUGGAUCAAAAUUGACCAUGAUGGAAAAUGCCUGUGCAACCUCAAAAUAG